UUUUUUUUAGGUUUUUAAUAUACCACGUGUGUGCUACAUGGCGAUGCUUCUAUGUUUAUAACAUCAGGUAGGUAGGUGGCUGGCUUACGUUAAUAGGCAGCCUCUUUGUGCCUAUUUGCCUACCUUUGUGGUUAUCUCUUUUAACAGGCAGUACGCUAACUAGCUAGCCAGUUUGCUACUGUCAAUAGAUGAAAUAUAAAGAGCCUAAAGGCCUAGACUGGAACUGGAUUGGUAAUGGUUUAAUAUUAUUGCUACAUAAGAGCAGCCGGUUUAUUGCCAUUGGUGCAAAAAACUUCGUCGGGUGUAAAAGUCGGUAGGCUCAGUUUAGGAACUGUCAAGCCAACUACUCAUAGGUAACCACCAUUAUCAUUCUAAAGACAAUUCCAAUCGCUUUUAUAAUCUCCAUUUGCUUGUCGUCAACGACAUCGCUUGCCAGAGAAAGAGAACGUUGUUUGUGAACACCUUGAUCGAUGAAGUAGUUUAGCAGUUAAAAUGACUUGGCAUGACUUGUUUUAAUUCAUUCCCAUUCACCUGAGGACUGCGAUGUAACUGACACCGCUUUGAUGAGUUCCUUUUGCAAAUCGUUGAGUUUGUAAAAUGGCUAAUGUUUACUUUGGAGGACAGAGGCUUUACUGAAACACCCUGCAUAAGAGUUUGUUUGCAUUCAUAUAACUUGCGAGAUUUGCCCCAACUUGGGUCAGCUACACACAUUUUUAAACAGGCUAAUCUACUUACUUGGUCAAAAAGAGAUUUGUCAAGACUUGCCUCACAUUUACAACGCAGCACAAUGUUAACGUACAGAUGCCUUGUUUAGGAGAAGGAGGAAUGUACAAAUUGUUUUGUAGCGUGAAGACGAUUGAGUGUACAUAUUAAUGUGCUCACAUAGCCUGACUCAACUUGGCUACUGAGUAUUCAUUGCAUGGCAUCGCUUGACGCCGAAAAAUCAGGUAGGAACUAUUUUGGGGGUGGAAAAUUAAUAUACAAAGUCGAAAUAAACGAAACAAACAAAACACAAUAUGGUGCCUUCAAACACCAUUGGUUGGUAGUAGAAUCGUUGUAUAAAAGCAAACGUGGGGGUUUGUAAUCUAUAUCACAGCCGGAGGAUACCCUAUACCAGCCCCACUCACUGAUGUCAUAUUGCUUAAUUGUACUUUUAAAAACAACAGGAGUUGUACCAAAGUGAUUUUUUGUCGAGGUGAACUAGUUAUUUAUUAUUCACUCAUGGAACAACAAUGGCAGCGAUGUUGUUAUGCUCACUUCUAAGGUAAGGUCACUGUUAGAAUGUGGAUGUGAGUUGACCUUUGGUCUCCACUCUCAAUUAAUCACAUGCCUGAACAGGGACCAUACAUCUUGGUGUUCUGGUGUAUCUCCAGAACCCUAACCAGUGUCCUUGUGGCCAUUGUACUAAGCAGGUAAACUUGACGGGGUCUUAAAGCUAAUCUAGCGUCUUUAAUAUCCACAGGUUAUCCAUAUGAAGUGAAGUGAAGUGACUAGCACAGUGAAGACAUGGAAGACGACUCAAAACCACUACUGGGCUCCGUGCGGGCAGGGGAAAGUUACACAGAUUCGCUGGAGCCAAGAGGAAGAAGGGCUUUUCAUGUAGAGCACAGGAAUAUCGUAGAUGACGCCCCUCAGGAGCGAGUGUCCUCUGAGGCUUCCAUCAUGAGCAGUAGAAUCCAUUACUACAGUCGACUAACGGGAUCUUCUGACAGAGCACUUGCUCCUCCAGACCAUGUGAUCCCACCCGCCGAGGAUAUCUACGUCUACAGCCCGUUGGGGACUGCAUUCAAAGUACAAGGGAAAGACGGGGCCUCCAAAAAUCCCAGCAUUAUUACCAUUUUUGCCAUAUGGAACACAAUGAUGGGGACGUCAAUACUUAGCAUUCCAUUUGGAAUUAAGCAGGCGGGAUUCACACUUGGGAUUAUCAUUCUCGUCGCAAUGGGGAUACUCACCUUAUAUUGCUGUUACAGGGUGCUUAAGUCGACUAAAUCUAUACCAUAUGUGGACACCUCGGACUGGGAGUUUCCUGAUGUGUGCAGGUAUUAUUUUGGGGCGUUUGGAAAGUGGUCGAGUCUGAUCUUCUCAAUGGUGUCACUAGUCGGGGCGAUGGUGGUCUACUGGGUGCUCAUGUCCAACUUCCUGUUCAACACGGGCAAAUUCAUCUACAACUCUGUCCAUCAUAUCAACAUGUCCGAUUCUGACUUUGGAACAAAUGGAUCCGAAAGAGUGAUCUGUCCGUUCCCUGACACCCACCAUCAUGGCAGCAACGUUAGCGUCAGUCUGCUGUACGUGAGCGGUGGGAACAGCUCCACGGCCGUGUUUGACCGCUGGUGGAGUAAGACCAACACCAUCCCCCUCUACCUCAUCGUGCUGCUGUUUCCCCUCCUCAAUUUCCGCUCGGCUUCCUUCUUCGCCAGGUUCACUUUCCUGGGCACCAUAUCUGUGAUUUAUCUCAUCGGCUUGGUGACUAUGAAAGCUUUUCGCCUGGGCUUCCACCUGGAGUUCCACUGGUUUGAACACACUAAGGCUUUUGUUCCAGAGUUUAGACUGCUGUUCCCGCAGCUGACCGGGAUCCUCACGCUGGCCUUCUUCAUUCACAACUGCAUCAUCACCCUCAUGAAGAGCAACAAGCACCAGGAGAACAAUGUCCGGGACCUGUCCUUGGCCUACCUGCUAGUGGGCCUGACCUACCUCUAUGUCGGAGUGCUGAUCUUUGCAUCAUUUCCUUCGCCAGAACUCUCCAAAGACUGCAUUGAACCAAACUUCCUGGAUAACUUCCCGAGCAGCGACGUGUGGGUGUUUGUGGCUCGCACCUUCCUGUUGUUUCAGAUGACCACCGUCUACCCGUUGCUAGGCUACCUGGUCCGUGUGCAGGUCAUGAGCCAGGUCUUUGGCAGCCACUACCCCGGGUUCUUCCACGUCCUCGUGCUCAACAUCAUCAUUGUCGGCUCAGGGGUCCUCAUGGCCAAAUUUUACCCCAACAUUGGCUCUAUAAUAAGGUUCUCUGGGGCGACGUGUGGUCUGACCCUGGUGUUUGUGUUCCCCGCACUCAUCCACAUGAUCUCUCUGAAGCGGCGGGGGGAGCUGCGCUGGCCCUCCGCCGUCUUCCACAGUUUCCUCAUCGUGCUGGGCGUGGCCAACCUGCUGGCCCAGAUCUUCGUGUAGCUCUGCCCCCAGAGCAUGUUGGGAAAUGUAGUCCUGAUGAACUAAGACAGGGGCACUCCCUGGGGAAAUGUGAGGCCGUGGAGGAGCCCUCCGAUGCUAUUUUCAAAUGGGAAAUGUUAGGUUGGAUUUUAACCUUUUUAUUGGUUUGGUUUCAAUAGAAUUACGGUUUUAGAUGAAACGGCAGCAAUGGAGGGGUUCACUCCCGGUCAGUGUGACUUAAUCACACUUGAAUAUCAAGUCAACGUUGUUUUCUGUCACUUUGAACUUUUAGAGAAUGGUACAUCAGGCAGUGAUGAAUACAGCAGUAUUGUCAGGGAAUUCAAUGUAACCCAACUUGCAAGCCGGUUAUAAUUGUUUUUAUUUCAUUUUGAUCACUUGUCUCUACUAUUAACAUUGUACUUGCAGCUAUGUCAGUGUUUUAAUGGUUUGAUGAUGUAAUGACUGACAUUAUGUGUUAAUUGUUUGAUGGUAUUUGCUGAGGUGUUUCCCCAGGGAGUGUUGUUAGUUCUGACUGGUGUUUUCUUCAGUGCUACUAUGCACAGAUCAUGGAUGGGUUGCUAAACAGUGUACUAAUCAUGUUUUGUCACGGUGUAGCCAGAGAACUGUGUUUGUCGCUUAAAAGUAAGUCGCUUAGCACAACCUGUCUGCAAGUCAUUGGGUGCAGCAGCUUUGACUUGCAGAGAGAUGUGUGUACAACUACGCCACCCUGAGGUUUGGAUGUGCUACUUUCCCCUACCGAACACUUAACAGGGCUCCACAGAUGGGGUGAUUUUUUUUUUUUUUUAGUUUUCUUAUAAUUUCCACAGCUCUGUUCACAGUUGAUUAUGAUAUGCAGAAAGUCACAAGUUGUAUUUAAGUUAAUUUGUGAGACAUAAGGGGGGGUCAUCAGGGGUGUGUUUCUGUCGUGUUAUGGUUUUCUGUCACAAUCUUUGGGUGGGUGAGUUCUAGAACAUUCACCAGGUGAAUCACCAGAAUUCAUUCCUGCGUUGAAACAAAAAACAGUUUCUGAUGUGAAAGUCUGUUAUACUUAUGAAUUCAAACUUCUUUUUUUUUAUCGUAUAAGGAAUAUUAUAUAUUUUUUACUUACACAAUACACAUCUAUCUCCUCAUAGAGGUGUUCUGAAAAGGAUGACAUAUUUCUGCAUUCUUUCAUCUAUGAGCCAUACAGUAAAUAUGUUUACAGGUGUUGAUGCUGUUGAUAGGUGGUUCUGAAGGCUUUUUAGUAAGAGGCUAACCCAAGGUGUGACCAUGUUCUCGGAGCUUCUGCCAAAGCAUCAGCACGAGACUCCCAGAACUCAAAAGUGACACUGUGCUGUUAUCUGAAGACAUGAGUGAAUGAAUGAAUGAAGCCAGAGUGGCCUCAUGUUUAAAUGGAGAGAGACGAGAGGAUGGACAAAGGGACUUUGUAUUUUAUCUGGGAAUGGUUCUUAGCAACCAGUCUGUAACCGUGACAACUGAAGCAGGCACAAAUGUUGUGUUUUUGCUAACUUUGCUCGCCAUAACUGCAGCACCAUAACCCUGCUGGAUGAUUUUCUGUUUGGUGAGCACAUUGUGGAAGGGGCCUAAUUUUCUUUAGAUGCCUACAAAUGUUGAAAUGAAAUGUACUUAAUUUUGCACACGACUUUAAACUCCAAAGGUUUAAUCUGUUUUGUAAAUAUGUGUUGCUUUGCUGGCAAUAUAUUUUAUGUUUGCGUAUGUACUUGUAGUGACAAUAAAAUAAUGUUUUUGUUUUCA